AUGACGGCCACAAACGACGCGGGCCGUUUCUUCCAGACAACUGAUUCUAUUGUCGAGAACGAGCGCAAGAGCCGCAAGUCGGCCAACACCUUUGGCAAACCUGUCAAGUUCCCGUCCAAGAUCCUUGCCGUAGAGCACAAUGCCUACUUCGAUGGCAGCGGAGAUGUUUUGUUUGCAGCGGAGGCAGCAGGAACCGUAACAGGGCUACGCUUGUCGACUAAUGAGCUGUCGGCUAGCCCUCGCGGCCCUGCUGCUCCGCUCACCUGCCUCGCGUCGUAUGGCGUUGGUAAUGCCAUGAGGAUAUUCGCCGGCUGCUGGGACAAGUCAAUAUGGACAUACACCUUUGAACUCGGUGCAACCGACGCAGGUAAGAAGGUGACUAAUGUUUCGUCUUUCCCGGCACAUGCGGACUUUGUCAAGUGCUUGGUGGUUGCUCCAACUCCCGACAAGCAGCCUGUCCUCAUUUCAGGCGGCGCAGAUGGCGAUGUCCGCUUCUGGACGCUAGAAGGAAAACCACUGGCCAAGAUCAGCCCUGGAUGUCGAGGUAUUGAGAGCAUGGUAAUCGAUCCGUUGUCCUCUCCAGAGUCUCCUGUGGUCGUGUUCUCUACCUCACAGCGCGAGAUUUUCCAGCUCACGAUUCCGUCCCUCUCAGAGAUCAGUGCAUCUACGGUAAAGCUUUCCAAUGCCAUUCUUGCCCACGAAACGAGUGUCUACAGCCUACAUUUCGAUGGCGAUGGCGACCUGUGGACUGCAUCUGCUGAUAAGACAGCUAAAAGGCUGGUGCGCGAGAACGGUUGGCAGCCAGACACCGUCCUGCAGCACCCCGAUUUCGUCCGAGACAUUGUCACUCACGACAAGUAUGGUCUGGUCAUCACGGCUUGCAGAGAUGAGGAAGUGAGGGUGUGGAAUCGUGGCACCGGAGCACUUGUCCAUGUCUUCACUGGGCACUUUGAAGAAGUUACGGCGCUGGCACUCUCCGGUGACAUGGUGCUCAGUGUCGGUAUCGAUGCGACACUCCGACGCUGGAGUCUAGCACCUGGUGAUAUGCAGAGAGCAGUCAGCGAGGCGGCAAAUCCGAAGCUGGUAGACGACGUUGCAGAGCCUCAAAAUGAAUUGGGCAUGCUUACUGCAGAGGAAGAAGCCGAGCUACAAGCUAUGAUGGAGUCUGAAGAGGCUGAUACGUUGGAGAAGAUGGCACGGGAUGAUCAAUGA